UAGUUUACGUCGAUCAUUUUCAAACCACAGAUCUCGAUCUUUAACGAUCUUUAAUACUCUAUCACGAUGAUACCAGCUCCAAAGCGUAAACAGCGUGUCGUUUCGUCUUGCAUUCCGUGCUAUUCGAAAAAGCAGAAGUGUAACCGACAAUAUCCUUGCAACCACUGCACUCGGCGUCGUCGACCAGAAGAAUGCACUUACAUCUCCAAUCCUCGCCUAAGCCCCUCGAGACAAAGUGUGGGUUCGAAUGCAGGACAAGAUGGCGUGGUACCGUCCAACCAGAGAUUAUUGGAGGUGACACCGGGAGAGUCAAACCAGCAUCUAGCAGCCAUGUCAGAGAGGGAGAGAUUCGAGAGCAAUCAGCAAGCUUCUCUAGCAGAUCUCUUUGGAUAUUUCGAUGACAGUGACUCUAAUACGCUUGGGCUAUUACGGCAAUUGAAAGUAGAAGAGACAAGACCUUGGCAAUCGAAUUAUACAAACUUAUCUGGAGAAAUAUUGGAUGCUGCCCAACAUGAGUUGGCAAAGAUACCAGCGAGGCCAAUUUUAGACUUUCUUCUUCAAUAUUUCAUCCAUGAAGUCAACUGGAUGAAUCAACUCGUGCAUCCACCAAGUUUCUUAGCCGAGUAUGAAGAUUGGUGGACGAGGAGACCUGUAACUCGUCUAUUAGACGUCGAGUUCGCCGUUCUCGUCUUGCGUAUUAGCGCAUACUGUUCACAAUUCCUUCCCUCACCAGCCCACACAUCCGAUAUGAUUCGUGGCGUCUCUUUAACUGAGAUACGAUACCAAUGCACCCGGACAGCCCAAGCGCUAGAGAAGCUAUGUGCACAGGCAGACACGACGGGCUCUCUAAUCCGAGUGCAACAUCUUUGCUUCGCCGCGCUCAACCAGCAGUGCGAAGGCAAUAUAAAGCUCUCAUGGGCGACAUUCGGUUCGGCUAUUGGGGUAGCGCAGAUGAUAGGGAUUCAUAGAGAACCUACUGGCGUUGCGUCACAAACGAUGGAUGAAUUCGAGCGUGAGAUGAGGCGGCGGAUAUUUUGCAAUCUUUAUAUUUGGGAUGCGCGUCUAUCUAGCUCCCUCGAACGCCUUCCGUUCCUUUCUGACGGGUUUUGUACCACCAGCCUACCAAAGGUACACCAAAUCGCGGAUCUUGAAAAGAGUGGCGCUCCGGAGGCGUUCAUGGAACGGAUUCUACAAGCUCGAUUAGCCCGGUUCUGGAACAGCUUCAUCGGCAGUCGUAACACUUCGGUAUCUUACGAUCCCAGCGCUGCGGAGGAGCGCUACGAAAGAUUCUGCACCGAGUUUAUCACAAAUAUUCCCGCCCCGUUUGCAUUGGAUCCAAAUAAAGAAUGGGAUCUCGGUGUUCCUAACCUAGGACGGCAACGACAACUAUUCCACGUCGCUAUAUACAAUUCCGUCUGCAACAAUUUCAAGCCGCUUCUUCGACUAGAGCCUGAACAGAUCUCUGCUCUUCCAAUAUAUAAGCAAGCUAUUCUCCAACAUCAAAAGAGAAGUUUAGCACGGGCGGCGCUAAAUAUGUUGGAGGCUAUCACAACGCUUCACAGACUAUUAGGCGCGACUCAUACACGCCUAUUCGACAUAAUAUUUCAUACUUUUGAGGCGGCGGUACUCCUUUCUUGUCUCUGCUUAGCUGGCGGGUCCGACUACGGCAAUGAUGGGGAGCCCACACAAAUAGGUCUCGACAAUGAUGGCUCGGGUUUCCCAGCUUUCUUCCGCUUAGUUGAUCCCCUGGCGACGAGACACAUGGAUAUUAGCCAGGCUAGAUGCGUGGAAGCUAUACGAGAGGCACACGAGCGGUUACAAAUGCUAGCAGACCUCAACGCGAUGGCAGAAGCCGGAGCGAAAACUCUGGGCAGGCUUCUAGGACGUAUAGUAGAGUGUGGCACGCCGGAAAACGACAUAUUAGAUACCCCAACCUCUUCCUCGAUGUCGCACGCUAUAACAACAAACAGCUGUCCGAUGAUGGCAAAAUUUCAGAUGUCGCCCGCAGACAUGGAUUUGAUGAGCGAGGACAUGAACUGGUCAUCAAUCAUAGGGAUGUCCGAUUCGGAUCUCCAACUAUCGCUAAGUAAUGUCGAUAUAGAACUUAGCCACUUUUGAUUGUAUAUAGCAUAUUACCUGGAAUCUCGAAUCUAGAAUCUAGAUUAGACUUAGACUCUCUAGAGUUAGAAGUUAAAGAAAAUAAAGAGAUGCGACAAACAA